GUCUACGUGCGUGUGUGUGCGUGAAGGACUAAUUGCGCGCGCGGUGAGUUUGGGCUGAAGCCGGCUGGAAGCUGCGAUCAGGAGUUGAUGAGCUGUGGACCGUCUGUCAAAGGAUCAACUGUUGCUGCAGAAGCCGUUUGACCGUCCGUCGGUCCCGCGUGAAGCCACACAGCGCGCGCGCCGCGCGGGUACCAUGGAAGAGAGACUCGGCGUGUCGUGGACGCCUCGGAUACACCUUCAUCUGUCCUGAUGUGACGCCACAUGAGAACGUCUCGCAUCCAAUCAUCCGCGUGUCACCCUGGUGUUUUUGUUCGUGCGUCGGCUCACUUUGUGCGCUCCCACUCACUGACACGUCACACCUGACAGGCUCUCCGCUGGAAGUGACCUUGCCCACCGGUUGUGACAUCUACCCACAUCACCAUGCUGAUGAUGAUGGAGAGCAGCGGCAUGGACGCGCAUCAGGUUGAUAUCGAUUCGGAAUUUGAGCCUCAUGCCCGAUCACGGGAGUGCACCUGGCCGCUGCCAUGUCCGGAGGAUUUCCCCGUGGUGGGCGAAGAGGCCAGCCGAGGUCUCGCCUUGGCGUCGGUCAAAGUGGAGCGGUACAACGUGCCCGCGUGCCGCGCCGACAGGAAAGGCGGCGCUCCGGCGGACAUCAAGCACCCGGCCGGAGCCCCGGCCCCGGUGGCGGCCGCUCCCGCCUGCAUGUCCGGGGCUGCGCUCGACGUGGCCGGCCAACUGCGCAAAGCCAAGUCCUCCCGGCGGAACGCGUGGGGGAAUCUGUCGUACGCAGACCUGAUCACCCGCGCCAUCGAGAGCGCACCUGAGAAGAGACUCACCCUGUCCCAGAUUUAUGACUGGAUGGUUCGUUUUGUUCCUUAUUUCAAGGAUAAAGGAGACAGCAACAGUUCAGCCGGAUGGAAGAAUUCAAUCAGACACAAUCUGUCCCUGCACAGUCGCUUUAUCCGAGUACAAAAUGAAGGGACUGGGAAGAGUUCGUGGUGGAUGUUGAACCCAGAAGGAGGGAAGAUGGGGAAGGGACCCAGACGACGUGCUGCAUCUAUCGACAGCAACACUCGUUACCUGAAAACUAAAGGACGCAUUAGCAGGAAGAGAGCUGGUGCCAUAGGCCUCAGUCAGGGUCAAGGUCAAGUGGCUGGUCCUGGGAUGCAAGGUUCCCCUGAACAUGGAAGUCCAGCAGGGAAAGGAUGUGUGGGGAUGGCUGGUGAUGAUUAUGACACCUGGACAGACCUGCAUUCCCGCACCUCUUCCUCUGCCUCCACACUGAGUGGCUGCCUGUCCCCCAUCCUGGCUGAGGCAGAUGCUGAUGAACCAGAGGAAGGAGGAUUGUCCUGUUCAGCCUCCCCCAGACUUUAUCCAAGCCCCACAAGUACACGCUCCCCAGCCCUGGGUACAGGAGGACACUGUCCAACUGUGGAACUGCCUCAGCUGACUGACCUUACUGGUGCAAUUAGUGUGGAUGAGAGUGGCUACCCCCAGCCACCGCAAAUCAAAUGCAAUGGUUACCCCUAUGUGCCUGGACCAAAGGCAGAGGGCUCCUACUGUGGGCCACUGUAUGGACAAUCCACCAUUGGGAUGCUCAGGCACCACACCCCCAUGGAGACUAUCCAGGAGAACAAGCCAGCAAGCUUCCAGGGCCCAAUGAGAGGUUACUCAGAGAACAAUGCCCUGCAAAGUCUGCUUACCGGGGCUCCCCCAUACUGCAACAAAGACACACUGCUGAGUCCAGGACGGGAAUCACAUACACUAUUGACACAAGGUACCAGUGGUGUGCACAACCAACACAGUCACAAUCAGAGUCGCGGCCACAAUCAUAGCCACAAUCAGGACCACGCCCACAAUCCCACUCUCCACAAUGUUCCUAGUUCAGUCCAUGAGCAGAACACAACCCAACAUCAGAACCACAGCCAGGGUCACAAACACCAAGCCAGCCUUGAUUACAGUCACAGGCCCCACCCCACCCAUGAUUACGGGCAGAAUCACGAGCAUGGUCAGAGUAACAAAAUAAAUCCCAGCCAUAAUCACAACCCUCUCUCAACCCAGAGCCACAUGCACAACCAUAAUUCCCACAACUCUCACAACCAUAUGCACAGCGGGCCUCACCCACAAGCCCUUUCCCCACGGGUAAGCAGUGACAUCCUGCAGCCCUACAACCUAAAGUCCUCCAACCAUUAUGGGCCCCGCCCUCACCUCCCAACAUCACCGUCACUGCCGCCUAACCCCGCUGGUGUCAUGGAUGUUCCUCACGACCCCUGCCGCCUUGCAUCUGCACCUCAUCCCCGUCACCACCCUUAUCCCGGGUCUCACCACCAGGGCAUGACAGACUCCUGGCACAGUUACUACCACACCAACCACCAUUCAGGGAACAGUAGUUACCAGGGGCAACAACACAACUCCCACAGCAGAAUGGCUGCAAACCUGGAAAUGCAGACCAUCUCUAAUAGCCUGGAGUGUGACGUGGACUCUAUCCUCCUCAGUGACUUUAUGGAUACAGAGAGUAUGGAUUUCAACUUUGAUGGCUCUCUGACUCAAGGCAUGGGGAUGGGCAUGAGCUUAGGGGCAUUUUCUUGCCCUCCAGCAAUGCACAGCAACCAGAGUUGGGUCCCAGGGUGAAUCCAGGCCCAAAGGCUUGAACAGACACAUGACAGGAAAAAUCACCCAUGAGGCCAGGCUGCUGGUGAGCUGUACCCUUGGAUUGACUGACUGUGAUUCUGUUUCUCUUUGACUGUAAAACAAAAUUCAUUUUGUCAUUUUGUUUCCUGGGGCCUUCCUACACUCAGAUAUCUCACACUUCAUUUCCUUCUCCCCACUGUUUAUAAUGCCUUCUGUCUCCAUAUUGAACCAGAUAGCCCAGUACAAAAUCUCCUCUGGUUCAUGCCCUUCACUUUCCUAUUUCAUUUAUUUUUUUCUGCUCUCCUCUCAAUCUUUUUCUGCAUGUCCUAAGCUCUCAAGCACUUUACAUUAAGUCUUUCACACAGAUGCACUACCACAAA